GAAUGUAGUAAGUUAAAGUUACCUCCAAGAUGAACAGCAUCCCAGCUCUCUUCCUGGCAUUCGCUUAUAUUGUGAACAACAUAGUUACCACAAAUGGCGCUGCUUGGAAAAUCACACUGUUUAAGACUAAAAUACCAACAUACAAUCGUGAACAACCGACGGUUCCCAGAAAGCCGUCAGACUACUGCAUGAAAGGUCUCUGCCCGAGGGGUACUCCUCAUAUUUGCUGUAAUUAUCCAUUUUGGGACGAACAGUGCCCCAAGCCACACUUUGGUAUUAACAUGGAAGUUUAUGGAUCUCAAAUUUUAGCGAAUCAUAAUUUGAUGCGCGUAUCUCUAUUAGACGUGCCGAAAAACUUGCCAACAGCCUCCUUUUUGCCAAUUCUUCGGUGGGACGACGAACUCGCCAUGGUGGCUAUGCGCGUUACCAAUUAUUGCAAUUCUGAGAAGUAUACCAAGUGUUUGAAUGUUCCACGAUUCUUAAAUGUGGCUCAUACUUCGUACACAUACACAGUUUCUACUCCGAAGCCAUCACACUAUCUAAAUGCUGCAAAUAAGUAUUUUACCAGCAGCAUUAAUGAUUUUCCACCUGAAUAUGUAUCGAGUUAUCAAGAGUCAGAUAACGAAAUGCAUAAGGUAUUUGCAAACAUAGCAUAUCACAAGAAUACUAGAAUGGGUUGCGGUUUUUUAGUGCACCAAUCCGCAGACAACUAUACAGUUUAUAUGACCUGUUUGUAUAAUGAGAAAAUCAAGCCGAUGGAGAAGCUAUAUGACAUUGAGCCCCCAAAGAAGAAAGCUGAAAAUUGAAAACAUUAAGUGAAUAUAAUAAAAAUGCUAUGUGGAUGCAACGUAUUCUUUAAACAUGA